UUCGCCGGGCUCUCGCCGCCGUUACCGACUUGUAUGCCGCUCUCCUGCCGUCGCGACUACUACCACUUUUGCCUUGCAUGUCCACCGCCGCGGCGCCGCCGUCGCUGACGCUGCACCGCCCGGCGGUGCCCGCCGCCGCCAGAGCCUCCGCCGCGGCGCCGGGAAACACCGCGCACCUCUCCAACCUCGAUAAGCUCUUCCGCAACCGCGGCGCCGCCGUUGAAAGUGCGACGCCUGCGGCGGCCGUGGAGCCAGUGGUCGGCGCCGGGACUCGGAGGAGGCAGCAUCCGCUGCUGCGGCUGCCGUCGUUCCUCGCGCGGGCCAGGGGCGAGUCCCUGAGGGAGGACCCGGCGGCGCCCGCCAUGUCGCCGCGGCGGCUGGAGCGGCUGCUCCAGCCCGUGGCGCCCGACGGGCCGUCGCCGCGGGGGAACAUCGCGCCGGCGUGGCGCCGGCUGCACGGCGAGGACGGCUGGCGCGGCCUGCUCGACCCGCUGCACCCGGACCUCCGCCGCGAGAUCGUGCGCUACGGCGAGUUCGUCGACGCCGCGUACGGCGCCUUCCUCUCCCGCCCCGACGCCGAGCCGGGCCACCGCGCGCGCGUGCCGCUCCCGGACGCCGCCUACCGCGUCACGGCGCCGCUCUUCGCCACCUCCUCCGUCGGCCUCCCGACCUGGCUCGCCGCCGCCGCGCCCUGCGCCGCGCAGCGGACGAGCCUCGUCGGCUACGUCGCCGUCUGCGACAGCCCCGCCGAGGUCCGCCGCAUGGGCCGCCGCGACAUCGUCAUCGCGCUCCGCGGCACCUGCACCAUCCUCGAGUGGGCCGAGAAUGUCCGCGCCGGACUCGUCCCAGCCACCGACAACAACGCCGACGCCUCGCCAGACGCGUCCAAGGCGAAGGUUGAAUGCGGCUUCUGGAACAUCUACAAGACCGCCGGCGACCGCUCGCCGAGCUUGUCCGAGAUGGUCGUGUCCGAGGUGCGCCGACUACUCGACCAGUACAAGGGCGAGGAGGUGAGCAUCACGGUCACCGGGCACAGCCUGGGCGCCGCGCUCGCGGUGCUCAUCGCCGACGAGCUCGCGGGCGGCGUCGCCCGGCGCGCCAAGGCGCCGGUGGCGGUGUUCUCCUUCGGCGGGCCGCGGGUGGGCAACCGCGCGUUCGCGGCGCGCGUGGAGGCCCGUGGCGCGCGCGUGCUCCGCGUCGUGAACGCGCACGACGUCGUGCCGCGGUUCCCGCCCAGCCUGCCGCUGCCGGGGUACGCCGACGUCGGCCGCGAGCUGCGCCUCGACAGCCGCGCGUCGCCGUUCCUCCGGCCCGACGCCGACCCCGCGUGCUGCCACGACCUGGAGGCGUACAUCCACCUCGUCGACGGCUUCCUCGGCUCGCAUUGCCCGUUCCGGGACAACGCCAAGCGCAGCAUCCUGCGGCUGGUGAAGAACCAGGGCGGCAACGUCAAGCAGCUGUACAUGAGCAAGGCCAAGGACAUGCGCAUCCAGCUCGACGGCGGCGCCGACAUGCCCGGCUCGAUGCUCGGCCGCGUCGACAUGCCCGGCGCGGCGAGCACGGUGGUGGAGUGCGUGCACUGACGGCCGCAACGGCGAUGCGAUCGAGCUGGUCUGGACUUGCAUACGUCGGCGGCCAAAAAAAAUUGUUUGGUCAACAGAUAAUGGGGUUGACUUGGGGGCAUUUUUUUUAGUUUACUUUUUGGUAUUUGGUCUCAACUUUUACCGAGUACAAAGUAGGACGGGUGGUUGGUGGAUAUGCCAAACAAUGAACUUGUAGGUAAAUGAAAACAUUGUAAAGACGAAGAUUUAACCGACUGAUUGGUUAAUAUGGU